UUUCGUGACAUCGGGAUUACAAGAUUCAAUAUGGCGAUUUUCUUUAAGGGAGAAGAGUUUGACCUUCUACUGUAGUAUAUGCGCCUUGAGUUACCCAUUCACAUUUUCGUAACUCCUAUGUCCCAAGAAGAUCCAGAAAAGUCAUUAGGUCUGUUAAAGUUGAGCGAGAUGGUUAGAGGAACUGCAUUAGAUUAUAAUUAUCGUCCAGAACUGCUUUCGGGUAGCCACAGCGGAGAGCCAGAUUUUAUUCCACCUGUAGAUGUAAGAUAUCCCGCUAACUGUCAACAUAAUUCGCGUACACAUCCCGAGCGAAACUCGAGUUUAGGCAUACCUACAAUUUCAACAACUGAAGAAAGACAUUCAAAACGAGCGUAUAUUUCAGUUGGAAUCCUAUGUUUUAUCAAUCUCAUUAAUUAUAUGGAUAGAUUCACAGUUGCAGGGGUACUAACAGAUAUCCUAAGUUAUUACAAGUUAGAUAAUUCAGAAGCAGGACUGCUCCAAACUGUUUUUAUCGUCAGCUACAUGAUUAUGGCUCCUAUCUUUGGUUACCUUGGAGACAGAUAUAGUAGGAAGCUCAUCAUGGGUUGUGGAGUUUUGUUUUGGAGCUUGACAACUCUUCUUGGAUCCUUUAUACCCUCUGGGUAUUUUGGCCUCUUCAUGGUGUUGCGAGGCUUCGUUGGAACUGGUGAAGCCAGCUACUCCACUAUUGCUCCAACCAUUAUAGCUGACUUAUUUUUUCAUUCAAUGAGAUCAAAAAUGCUUGCCAUUUUUUAUUUUGCCAUUCCUGUAGGCAGUGGUCUUGGAUACAUUGCUGGGUCAGAAGUUGCUCACCUUUUUGGAGACUGGCACUGGGCCUUAAGGGUAACCCCAGUUCUUGGUUUCCUGUCUGUCAUAUUGAUUUUUACUACACUUCAAGACCCACCAAGAGGUGAAGCAGAAGGUGGUUCUCCUUUAAAAAACACAAAUUUAAAAGAAGAUUUGCAAAGUAUAAUUACCAACCAUUCCUUUAUUUGGUCAACGGCAGGGUUCACAUGUGUGGCAUUUGCUGUUGGAGCUCUAGCUUGGUGGGCCCCAUCAUACAUGACUUAUGCCAUUAAUGUACAGGGAAACAAAGCUGAUAAAGAUGAAGUCAGUUUAAUAUUUGGAAUAAUCACGUGUGUAGCAGGUAUAACUGGUGUUGUUCUUGGAUCUGGAGGUGCACAGUAUUACCGGCGCUUUAAUCCUUGUGCUGAUCCUCUGGUUUGUGCUUUUGGUGUUUUAGCCAGUGUUCCACUAGUGUUUGCUGGUAUUGCUGUUGCUCACAAACAAAUCUCUGUGUCUUGGGCUUUGAUAUUUUUUGGAGAAACCUUCCUGUGUAUGAAUUGGCCCAUUGUAGCUGAUAUCUUGCUGUACUGUGUUAUACCAACACGAAGAUCAAUGGCUGAAGCUGUUCAGAUUCUAAUUUCCCACAUGCUCGGGGAUGCUUGUUCACCAUAUAUUAUAGGAGCAAUCUCAGAUGCUGUAAUGGACAAUCAAGUGGAAACUGAUCUAGUUAAAUUCACUAGCCUGCAGUAUGCUCUAUAUACUACAACUUUUAUUCUGGCCAUUGGAGGCUUAUGUUUCCUUGUUACAGCCUGGUAUAUUGUAGAAGAUAGAGAAAGAUGUGACCGGUUGACGCAUGGUGAGGGUGGUACUCCUUCUACUUUUCCAGAUGACACCAGUUUACCUAGUCCUGUUGAAGGUGGAGAAGAGGAGCCUGAUGUGGGUUGUUCAAUUAGCGAUGAAUGCAGCUUGAUCAGACAAUAAUCAGACAAGAUUUCUACCAUCAGAAAUUCUUAAGUUAGCUGUUGUGAGAGUUUUUAAACUUCGACUGUGACUUUUGAUUACUAGGCAGUGGAAGAUUAAGCCAUUGGAAACAUCAUUAUGUACAUGUAAUGACUGUCAAGAGUUAAUUGGCUGAACAUUUGUUAGUUGUUCUGAAGCUACCAUAAACUUGACAAAAUUAGUAAACCUAAAUUGAAUAGCUGUAAUAGGUUAUCCUUUUCGAAUUGAAAUCUAAAAAGUUGCCUAUUCUUAACCAUUUUUUUUUGAAAUUUUAAAGUUUAUUAUCUUGAAUUACAAUAGAAGUACAAAGUAAUGACUUCUUAACACUAACUAAUUUCUGAGAGCUUAUUCUGGCCAACUUGCAAGUUUUUUCUCAAACUAAGACUAUUUCCAUCAAAAGCACUAAUAAAACAGUAAAAGGAAAUUGGAAGAAAAAUGAACUAUGUGAUUACUGGAAGAGUUAUCUAUCACUGCUUAUGUUAUUGUAAGAAUUAUCUAUUAGAAACUGUUACUGUAACAGUUAUCUAUCAGACCCUCUAUUAGGAUUAUUGUAACAGUUAAAUAUCAGGCUAUUGUUGAAUAGAAAAUGUUUUCACUUGCAUCAAAAGACAGUUCUUCUAUUGACAUAAAUUUAUUAUGUCAAAUAAUGAUAAAUUUGACUAUACCUUUAAGCAUUUAGUAUUACCAGUAGCAGAAAAGUUUUAAUUAUUUCAAAACAUUUCUUACAUUAAUUGCAUUGUAGCAAUCUCUUUUUCUUUUGUAACAUUUUUUUACAUUAAUUGCAUUGUAGCAAUCUCUUUUUCUUUUUAUAAUACUGUUAUUUUGUCUUUAGCUGUGCUCUCAUAUUAUUUUACAUUUAAAUCAUCUACUGUAAACUUUGUUAAAUGAAUGAAAAUUUCCAAAAAUAUAAAUUCUACGUUGCAAAAAUUCUGUGGUUUCAACUUUAAGAGUAUUCACAUACUAUACAAGGUUUCAGCACUUCUAAAACAUUGGUAAUUUUAACUUAACAUCUUGUCGUUAAGAUUUUUGCAUGGUUAUUUUUUUUUUUUGUAUCUUAUGUCAGGGUGAAUAGUUAUGAAAUAAACAUUGUGGGUUUAAUUAUAGUGGUAUUUGUGAUUUGUAGUUAUAUGGAAUCCUGGGUUUUUGGUUCAGAAUUUAUACAUAUGAUUGUAUUGAGAUUUGUAUUUUUAAAGGAAUGACAGCUAUCAUAUGAGCAAUUGUUUAACUGCAUCCUUCCAUAUAAAUUUUAUCUUUCAAGAAAACAAAGUACAAAAAUUUCCAGAGAAACCAACUCAUUACUAUGUUUGUAAGUUCAUUAUUAGUAGCAGUUUGUGUUAGAAGCUGUAGAUAUUGUGAGGCUCAAGAAGACUCAUUCAAACAGCCAAAUGUAGCUGAUGUUGUUCUCAAGUUCAUGAUAAAGAAACUAAAAUCCAGUAACUAAUGUUUUUAUAGUUUAAAAGAAAGCAGUCAUCAUUUUAAGAUAGCUUGAAACAUUUUUUUCUGCUUUCCUCAAUCAUGAGUAUAAUAUUCUUAAAGAAAGUAACCAUUACUUAUUGGAUACUAUAUGAAAUUUAGCCAGAUUAAAUGCAGUAAAGUUUUGCAUACUUUAACUAUUAUUGAUUACAACAAAUAUAUAUUGUAUUAUUAAUAUUAGAAGCAUGUUUCAACAUCAUGAGGAUAGAAUUAGACUUUCAAAGUAAAAGUUUUUGUUUCUUUUUCCAUGGAGUCAGAUUAUUGCCACAUUAACUUAAAACUAAUUUUGUAAAGCUUGGAAUAUGCAUUUUAAAAAAUAAACUUUUUGUCUAUAUAGUUUGAACCUUAUUAUGUUUAAAAUUACUUUUUGUUUGAUAGUAAAAGAUUUCAUUUUCCAAGUCACACUCUUAGUGUUUUUGAGAAAAAAAUCCAACCUCCAGAUCAAGUAACCUCUGAUAUCCUUUCACAUUUACAUGUAAUAUAAAUACAAGCAUCAGACUUCUCUUUUUUUUACUCUUCUGAUAAAAUGACACACUUACUAUACUCCUUUUCCAUAGAUGUGUUUAUAAAUUCAUACAGAUAAAACAUUCAGUAUGUGAAUUCAAUAAAUACUGUUUGUAAGAAAAUUAUUGUCAAUCUGAUUUAUUAUUAUAUUUUUUUAUUACCUGCAGCAUUUCUUUGUACAAUUUAUGACUAAUAAAAAAUAAAUUAGCUUCCUAGA